GAAGUGUGACGUCAGUUUGUUUUGUAGGAACGAAGAAGCGACUGAAACGAAAUAAAAUGGAGGAAAACGUUGAGACUUUCAAGCUGAUAUUUGAGAAGGAGGGAGUGUACCUCCACACAAAUGCCAAGAGGAGUAACCAGGAGACCAGCAUACCAGGGUUUGUCCGCAUCGUGGAGCGGGCCGGCGUGCCGGCUUUAGAGUGGAGCCCACUGGAGGACGAGGGCCGCAGCGCCCCGGCUGUACUCUACACCAAAAAGGACGGUGAUGGAGGGGAGGAGGAUGCAAACUUUGACCCUGGUUACGAGCCAGACUGGGCGGUUAUCAGCAACGUGAAGAAAGAUUGCAGCCACGUCUCGGCGAAAGAUUCGAGUCAGUGGGCUUUCUCUCUGCCGCUCUCAGAGCUGUACUCUCUUCGAAGGUCCCGUUUCUCUUUGGGUCGGAACUUUUUAGUGCUGACCAGCAAAGGUGGCCACCCGCUUCCUCCUCUGCACUUCCACAGGGGGGGGACCAGGGAACUGCUGCGGGCGCUGCACCGUUACAUCGUCCUGGACCAGUCACCUGUGGACGGGCGGCUCUUCCUCGCCUACCUGCGUGACCCUCAUGAUGUCUCGCAGCCCUUUGAGAAGUUGCAGUUCUUGGAUGAUGGCGGCUCUGAUAUCGUCACGAGAUUCAUCCAGGACCCGUAUGCCACAACUUUUGGUGGAUUCUCCAAAGUCACUAAUUUUUUCCGGGCAGCUCUUCGGCCUCCGGAGGCCUCCCUCUCACGGGGCGCUCAGAAUCCCGGCCUGCCGUCGCAGUCUGAUGACGAGCCCGGGUUCGAACUCAUCACCUGCGGCGUGGAGCUCGGGCCCCGGCCAGAUGUCUCCAGGGGCAAACCUCUGGACAAAUGGGAGGACUUCCUGGACCCUGAGGGCCGCGUGAAGGACCACGAGAAGAUUAAGGAAUUUGUGUUCAGAGGGGGAAUUGCUCCGACGCUGAGGAAGGAGGUGUGGAAGUUCCUCCUGGGUUUUUAUCCCUGGAACAGCACUAGAAAGGAAAGAGAGCGCAUCCUUCAGGUCAAAACGGACGAGUACUUCAAGAUGAAGGUGCAGUGGAAGUCCGUGAGUGAAGAGCAGGAGAUGAGGAACUCCCUCCUCAGAGGAUACAGAAGCCUGAUCGAGAGGGACGUCAACAGGACGGACAGACACAACACCUUCUUCUCUGGAAACGACAACCCAGGACUGACUCUGCUUCACGACGUGCUGAUGACCUACUGCAUGUACAACUUUGACCUCGGUUACGUUCAGGGGAUGAGCGACCUCCUCUCUCCCAUCCUGUUCGUCACUCAGAACGAGGUGGAGUCCUUCUGGUGUCUGACUGGCUUCAUGGAGCUCCUGCACCAGAACUUCGAGGAGUCUCAGGAGGCCAUGAAGAAGCAACUCUUCCAGCUCAGUGUCCUGCUGAAGGCUCUGGACCCGGAGCUGUGCGACUUCCUGGACUCUCAGGACAGCGGCUCGCUGUGCUUCUGCUUCCGCUGGCUGCUCAUCUGGUUCAAGAGAGAGUUUUCCUUCGAGGACAUCCUCACUUUGUGGGAGGUCCUCUGGACUCGUCUGCCGUGCGACAACUUCCACCUACUUAUCGCCUGCGCCAUCCUGGAGUCCCAGCGGGGGGAGCUGAUCGGAUCCGAUCACGACUUCAACACCAUCCUGAAGCACAUUAACGAGCUGACCAUGAAGCUGGACCUGCAGACGAUCCUGCGCGACGCGGAGGCCAUUUAUCAGCAGCUGGUUUGCUGCAAGGACCUUCCUCUCAAAGUGCAGCAGGUUCUGGGCCUCUACGACCCGUCCAGCUCCGAGGAGAAGAGCCCAGACUCCCAGACUGGAGAGUCUGACCAGUCGGAGGCGGGAGCUGCUUCGUCACACGUCCCUGCCUGUCCUUAAAUCCGAGGGACGGCUGGAGACUAAGAGCUGAAGGGAAAAUAUUUAUGUAUGAGGUAUAAUACUAACGCUGUUAGGAGCAGGCUGUUGUUACGUCACUCCACCUGCAGGGGGCGCUGCUGUUCCUAAGUUUACACGUUUCUCCUCCUCGCUGCUGCUGUUUGACUCUUCAUUAAACGGUUAUUUUUCUGAAAUGGAGAGGAGUAAACUCUUAUUGUUCCUGAUUUUUGAUGCCAUUCCUCUCCUAUGCAGUGUCUGAG